UUUCCAUGAAGAAGAGACUUGUGAUAACCAAGGUAGUCUCUAUUAUGCUUCUGCUAGCUGCAGUUCAAGCCCAAGAAUUAUUUCCUUCUGAUUAUCCCUCUUCUGAAGAGACCUCUCUGCUUUCAGAAUCUGAAUUUCCUCAAGAUUCUGAAGACACCAAUUUGCGCCUCCAGACCCAACAGGUGCCCCUGAAAACACAGUCAUUUUCUGAAGAAACCUCUCUGCCUUCAGACUCUGAAUUUCCCCAAGAUUCUGAAGGCACCAGUUUGCCCCUUGAGACCCAACAGUUGCCCAUUGAAACACAGUCAUUUUCUGGAGAAACCUCUCUGCCUCCAGAAUUCGUGUUUCCUCAAGAUUCUGAAGACAACAGUUUGCCCCUCGAGACCCAACAGUUGCCCAUCGAAACUGAUUCACAUUCUGAAAUCCGUCCGCCUCCUCAAUCUCCUGCACCUUUGCCUUCAGAAACACCGUCACCUCCAGAAACCCCAUUGCCUACACAAGCUCCAAUUUCUCCAAAACGUCCAUGGACUCCAGAAAACACUUGUAAAACAAAGUGUGCUACAGCGUGCAUGAGCAAGAAAGUUCCUAUACUUCAUAACUUAUGCAACAAAGUCUGCAGGAAAAGAUGCAUACUCCUUUACUCGCAGCUGAUCUACAAUUGUACUAAUCAUUGUGCAGAGUCCAUGCCCAAAAAUUUCAAAUCAGAUAAGAAGAAAGUGGCAGGCUAUGCAAAGUAUUGCUACCAGAAGUGUAUCAACAAAUUCUAGGCUGCUGUAGCUUGCUCUUUCAAAUUACAUAUUAUGUCUGAGAUUUGUAUCACAAUAAAAGAACCGUGAGAUUGAUCUUCUCAUUGGUUUUUUGAC